CUGUCUCACAUGAGUUGGAUUUGAAUCCAGUGAAGCCUGAUGGAAUCGGACGCCGGACGGGUUUGGUCUCCUGCUGGAUUAAAAGCCUCGUUCAGUCUGAUGAGAGACACGGACAGAGACUGAGAGCUGAGGUUGUGUCAGAAGAGCAGACGAGGAUGAAACUGAAGCUCUGUAAAAGAGAUUCCCCCUGGGGGAGCCAUAGACAGAUGUGGAGCCCCUGGAGCCACUGACCUUAUGUCUAGAUGAUCUAUGGAUGGAGACCACCAGCCCUCAAAAACAAUCUUCUACUGCUGAGCAAUUCCACAUUGGUAGAUGCAAACAAAUGUUACUCUGUUAUAGCUGAGUAUCUGCAGUCUGGAUAUUUGGUCCCUAUACUCCAUUUUCUCAAAGUUACCUUCUUCUUGCAAGAAAAAGGACCUACCAUUACCGUACUUAGACCAAAGAACUUUGACCCACUAUCAAGCAAAUGCAUGCAAAGCUUCCGGGAAAUCCCAUGCAUUCUCACAUCACCUUCCAAUUGUGUGAGCAUGAAAGAGGAAAGUUAUGGCAUCUCAUGGAGAAUGCUGAGGUCGGGCAGGCAUGCCGUCUAACAGGAUCAAUACAACCUCUGUGAUUAAUGGGCAGAUUUCGCUUCCAUUUAGUGCACUUGGGAAGAAUCAUCUGCCAAGACCAAGAUUGUCUACAAUCUCUUCUGUCUUUAAGAGUUGCAUUUCCAUUGCAAAGUAAUCCCUGCUAUAGACCUUUUCUGGCUCUUUGUAUAAUUUUACACUGUUUCUUGUGAUUUACAAUCAAUACAACCCUUGAAAAGCAGUCAGAAUUAAACUAUCAAUUGAAAGCAAUUGCCGUUUUGGUAGGAUAAGUUAUUUUUACUUCUGGGUCAAGUUUACAAAAUACUGAAAAUGCAAAUGCCUUUAAAAUUCACAGAACUGGGUUGAAAAGACCCUUCAACCAGUAAAGCUUGACCCUGCUGAUUAUUAGGCAGAUUUCUCAUCCAUUUAGUGAACUGGGGAACAAUCUUUAGCGAGGCCAAGACUCUGAAACAGGUUUGUUUGGUAUUCAAGAGUUGCAGGUCCAUUGGAAAGCAAUCCUGCUCUGGACUGUUUUUGCCACUUUUUUUUAUAAUUGACUACUGUAUAUUCAAAUUUACAAGCAGUUCAUCCCUUGUACAGCAGUGAAUCAAACUGUCAUUCACUUUUUUUACUGUAAAAUAAUAAAUUUUUACUUUUUUUCUGGGUCAAGUUAAAAAAAAUAUUGGAAAUGCAAAUGCCUUCAAAGUUAGCAGAACUUGGUUGAAAAGGCAAUUGCUCCAAUCAGCGCAGUAAAGCUUUUGACUUUUAAUGGAUUCAUGGGCGGAUUACUUUUCCAUUUAGUGUGCCAGGGAAGACUUAUCUGCCAAGACCAAGACUGUGAAACAAGUUUCUUCGGUUUUCAAGUGUGCCAUUUCUAUAAAAAUAAAAAAUCCUGCUCUUGACCUUUUUUUUUUUUGGAGUUUGAAUCAUUUAGCACUGCUUCUUCAGACUUCCAAUCAAUUUGGAGAAGAAUCAUUUGCCGACACCAAGAUUGCAAAACUAAGUCUCUUUGGUCUUUAAGAGUUGCAUUUCCAUUGCAAAGUAAUGCUGCUCUGGAACAUUUUUGGCACUUUUUUAUAAUCUAACACCAUUUCUUCAGAUGUCAAAUCAAUAUGACCCUUGAAAAGCAGUGAAUUAAACUGUCAGUUGGGAGCAAUAGGCUUUUUGUAGAAUAUUUUCUUUUCACUUUAUUCAAGUUUACAUAAUAUUAGUAAUGCAAAUGCCUUCAAAGUUCACUGAACUGGGAUGUAAAAACAACUGCUCCAACCAGCCUAGUAAGGCUUGACCAGCUACUUCGAAAUCCCUUCCAACCCAAGUGCAAAGGAGCGGACAACAUUGCUGUGAGUGAGUGUAUGCGGUGGUGGCCCUCAGCAUGGUGUUGCCACCACCGGACAAGCGGCAUGUGUGUCUUACCACCUUUGUCAUCAUGACCAGCAUGGCAUUCAUGGACGCCUACCUGGUGGAGCAGAAUCAGGGGCCACGAAAGAUCGGAGUCUGCAUCAUUGUCCUUGUUGGGGACAUCUGCUUUCUUAUCGUCCUUCGCUAUGUGGCGGUUUGGGUUGGAGCAGAAGUGCGGACAGCUCGACGAGGAUAUGCCAUGAUCCUUUGGUUCCUCUAUAUCUUCGUGUUGGAGAUCAAGCUUUACUUUGUCUUCCAGAACUGUAAGGCUGAUCGCAAGAGUCUGGAGACUGUUGCCCGUAAGGCUUUGACUUUAUUGUUGUCCAUUUGUGUGCCAGGCCUCUACCUGGUUCUGGUGGCUCUGGACAGCAUGGAAUACGUCCGUACCUUUCGGAGGAAGGAGGACAUGAGGGGCCGGCUCUUCUGGGUGGCUUUGGACUUGCUGGAUCUGCUGGAUAUGCAGGCAAACCUUUGGGAGCCACAGCGGACAGGUUUGCCCAUUUGGGCAGAAGGUUUGAUGUUCUUCUACUGCUACAUUUUACUUCUGAUUCUUCCCUGCGUGUCCCUGAGCGAGAUCAGCGUGCAGGGCGACCACGUGUCUCCCCAAAAGAUGAUGCUUUAUCCUCUUCUCAGUCUGGUCACCAUCAAUAUCGUCACCAUCCUCAUACGUGGUGUCAACAUGGUGCUGUUCCAGGACAGCCGGGUUUCCACCAUCUUUGUCGGCAAGAAUGUGGUGGCUAUUGCGACCAAGGUAUGCACCUUUCUCGAGUAUCGGAAACAGUCGCGGGAAUUCCCAAAUCGAGAAAACGCAACCGGAAUUCCUAUGGAAGUCCAGCAGAACUCGGUCGGACACGGACAAGCUCUGCCGAAUGUCACGAGCCUCCCACUUGAACCCACUCCAGCACGGGAGAUUAUGGAUACAUGACCAAGGAACCAAAAUAGAGGAUUCUGAGCCAACAAGGAGCAUUCGAACCACCAGAUAUGAACGGAUGAACUGUUUUGAGGUACUUUGGUCCAGCGUUAUGUGGUUUUCCGUCCUCUUCUGUACUGAGGUGAAUCAGCCAAACAUGAGCUGUGUUGUUUAAAGAAAAACAUUCAGUGUUUUAUGAUUCGUUCACCACAGAUUGCAAUGAAGGACCAAGUGCUGUUUUCUUUCUAUGACUGUAGUGCAAAAUACUUUUCCUGUUUGAGAGACCAAACUCUUGUUUCCACAUCCAUUUUUUUGGGUCUGAAUUCAUGUUGUCAAGCUGCAUCAGAUAUUUUCCUCUAUUACAAGUAUUGAAUGGGAGAAUGGAAAAAGAAUGCAAUGAAUUUAUUAUUGAGGGAACUAGUUAGGUCAGGUUGAUGUUUAUGACCAAAUGCUGGGGAGUAGUCCUACAUGCUUGAAAUACGUGUUUGCAUUUGUGUUUUACGAUGUGUUGACAUUUUUUUUUUUAAAUGAAAAUGAAAGGGAAAAGUAAGAAAUUUGUUUCCAGUGACCUUCAUGGA